CAAUUUUGUCUCCCGUCUGAGAAAAAGUUGAUGAGAACUCGAAAAACGCAAUCGCGUUGAACGAUUUGACAAUUGCGAUUGGUCAAUUUCGCGGGAACUAAACAAACCGUUUGUACUCGGACCGGUUUCUCUUGAACGCAAACCCUUAGGUCGAAAUUGCGACAGAGGAGGUUAGAUUGUGUGCGAUAUUUUUGCCGCUGAGAUUCGUUUGCAAACCCGUUCGCAAACAGUUCGUUUCGUCGAAUUAAUUAAAUAUCCGACAGCAUUGUGUAAUUGAUGUUACAUAUUGCUGCAAUAUAUUGUUGCCACAUUGCUGUAUCGCAGUGAUUUCUAAAAAUUAACCAUGUUGUUCUAUUCCUUCUUCAAAUCGUUGAUCGGAAAAGACGUGGUCGUCGAGUUGAAAAACGAUCUCAGCAUUUGCGGCACGUUGUAUUCUGUCGACCAGUACUUAAAUAUCAAACUAGCGGAUAUCAGCGUAACGGACUCAGAAAAAUAUCCUCAUAUGUUGUCAGUAAAAAAUUGCUUCAUUCGUGGAUCCGUGGUGCGAUAUGUACAGCUGCCGGUAGAUGAAGUAGAUAUCCACUUGUUGACCGAAGCGGCACGCAGAGAAGCAAUGAACGCUCAAACGAGAUAGUUUCUAGUAUAGUUUAUAAGUAUAUUAAUGUUAAUGUGUCUCUUAUUAUUUUUUGUACAAUUUGGAAUCGAUUCAAAAAAUAAUAUAU